AUGACGAUUGAAGAUCAAUUUUCAAGCUGACCUGUAAGGACUAAAUUAAAGUUUAUUUGACGCGUCUCGACAACAGAACUCUAGUCUUCACUUGGACAGCUUCAGAAUGUGUUUAAGCUCUUUGAUUUUUCUCGUAUUCGCAAGCCGUAGUCCGUAGACUUCAAUGCCUACGAUAAGGCCAGGGUAGCGAUAAGGCCGUUUUCGAGGUGCGUGCAUUUGGAAAGGCUCGUGCUCUGUCCAUCGCUGAAAAAUAAUAAAAUCUACACAUUUCAAUUUAUGAUUGGAAAGCACUUAAUGUUUCGAGUUAUUUUGUAAGGUCUUUAAAAUAUUCCGGGUUUUACGUUACCUUUAAUUACGGCCAAUGGAGUGCACCGACCAUUUCCGAGUGUUGUGAAAGCUGUUGGAAAUAGUGUGCUGCUGAUGGCCGAUUUAAAAUGCUAUUUGGUCGCGGUUGUUGAAGAAGACGGUGAGAUUAAAAAGACUGAAGAAAUACUAUAUCGCUGAACAUGCCCACCAACAGCCAGGCAAAUACCGCUUCGGCACCAGAGGGCAGCGGAACACCGGCUGUCAAUGGAGCACCAUCGGGCAGCGGAGCACCAUCGGGCAACGGAGCACCGGCCGCCGGUGACGCGCCGGCCGUCCCCAAACCUGGCUGCUGCGGUGACCACGGGCCAACCGCAUGCAUCGGGGGACUAUGGACCUCCCGUGAAAUGACUGACAUGGAGGACCGUGAAAUUGUUGUUCGCACCAACCUGCGCGAGCUGAUCGUCUACCUAGUGUUCCUGGCGGUCGUCAGCAUCCUGGCUGUGAGCACAACUUCACCUACCAUGUUCUACUUCACAAAAGCUCUGUCCGAGCUCUUUUUGGACGCCUCUUUUGCCGACUCCGAUGGGAAUUUCAAGGAAUCGACUCAAAUACUGGAUUUUUGGAGAUUUGUGGAGGGUCCCCUGGUGGAUGGCCUCUACUGGGAGACGUGGUAUGACCUGGAGCAGACCAAGCUGGACGACAGCGAGGGUGGCAUCGACAUCCUCUACGAGAACCGGCUGCUCGGAGUACCCAGAAUGCGGCAGCUGCAGGUACGCAGCGACUCGUGUCGCGUGGCCGACGACAUGCGCGCCAUCAUCAAGGAGUGCUACGCCGAGUACAGCUGGCUGACCGAGGUCAACUACAACGACUCUAUCGGCACCGGCAACGGCACCGGCUGGCGCUACUGUCCGGAGGACGAGUUGGAGGGACACCCGUUCUGGGGUGAGAUCAGCACCUAUUCGGGAGGCGGCGCAUACGUGGAUUUGUCACACAAACGAAACGAGACUGUGGAUAUGCUGGCCCGCCUCCGCCGCGACCUAUGGAUCGGCCGAGGGACCCGUGCCAUCUUCAUCGACUUCACAGUCUACAACGCAAACAUCAACCUCUUCUGCAUCAUCAAACUGGUGUUCGAGCUGCCCGCCACGGGCGGCAUGAUUCCGUCGUCGUCCUUCCGCACGGUCAAGCUGCUCCGCUACGUUAACCCGUACGACUACUUCGUGAUGGCGUGCGAGUGGGUGUUCAUCCUGUUCACCGUCUACUACAUCAUAGAGGAGAUGUUGGAGUUUCAUGGACAAAAGACGAAAUAUUUCAAGCAUUUCUGGAACCACCUCGACAUGCUAAUGAUUUUGAUUUCCAUUCUUUGUAUCGGCUUCUCUAUCCAUUGCACGAAGGCCGUCAGCGAUAAAAUCGAACUUCUACUGAAAGAUGAUUUGCAGUAUCCCAACUUUGAGCAGCUGGGCUUCUUCCAAACGCAGUUCACCAGCGCCGCGGCACUCUGCGUGUUCUUCGCCUGGGUGAAGCUGUUCAAAUACAUUAGCUUCAACAAGACCAUGAACCAGCUGAGCAGCACUCUGUCCAGGUGCGCACGAGAUAUCAUGGGCUUCGCGAUUAUGUUCUUUAUCGUCUUCUUCGCCUUCGCUCAGCUCGGGUAUCUUCUCUUCGGUACUCAGGUUCGCGACUUCAGCACAUUCACCCGAGCCACGUUCACUCUGCUGCGAACUAUCCUCGGAGAUUUCGACUUUCACGAGAUAGAAGCGGCCAACCGGAUCCUGGGACCGAUCUUCUUCCUCAGCUACGUGUUCUUCGUCUUCUUUGUGCUGAUGAACAUGUUCCUCGCAAUCAUAAACGACACAUACAGUGAGGUAAAGAGCGAUCCGUCAGCGCACAAAAACGAGUUCGAAGUGGCCGACUACUUCAAACGGGGAUACAACAAUGUAAAAGGGAAACUGGGCAAGCGUGACCGUCUGAUUGACCUGGAGACGGCGCUGAAGCUGAUCGAACAGGAGGAGGACGGCAGCUAUUCGCUGGACAUGGUGUGGCACACCAUGAAAAGGUGCAACUUUUCGGACCAGGAGAUAGACCUGUUCUUCGACCAGUACCACCUGGGCGGUGACGGUGCUCCCGUGCCCAAGCCGCCAGAGGCUGACGACGAGGAGGAAAAACCACAGAUUGACGUGGUGCGUCUGCACCGGAUCGUGUUCGGUAACCUGUCGCGGGAGGCGGCCGCCGCCAAGCUGCGCGGCUCGCCCGUCGCCGCCGCCCGGCACCGCGACUCCGAGGCCGGCGGCGACACAGAGAUCGAGGACGCCGAGUACGGCGACUACGACGACUAUGAUGACUAUGACGACUACGACGACUACUACGACCAGCCCGGCGUCAGCCCCGAGGAGUUCACCGAGGUGACUGAGCGGCUGGAUCGACUCGAGAAGAGCCUCACCACCAUCACCUCCAAGAUCGACUCGCUGCUGAAGACUGCGGGCGGAGGCGGAGCGUCGCCCUCCCCCUCCCCAGCACGGCCGCAGUGAUCAGGCACCGCUGAGGCGGCAGGCUCUCACGGAAGUCAAAGUGUAAUCGGCUGCGCAUAUUCGCGAGGUACCUAAUGCAUAAGUAUUAAAGUGACCAUCCCACCUUAAUGGCCAGGCUACACUAUGCGUUUUCUGCGUGCGUUUUUUAGGUUUGCGGGUUUUGCGUAAUAUCGUUCUAGAAUAAAAACGAUAUUAAGUUUUUGUGAUGUUUUUAAAUUAAAUUUUAAUAUUAUAAGAGUUAUAUUAACUUUUGUGCAUAACUUAUGCACAACUAAUGUAAAAGUUAUAGGUAUUAUUUAUAACUUUUUCUAGAACGAUAUUACGCAAAAAACCGCAAGCCCGCAAAAAAAAACGCACGCAGAAAUGCAUAGUGUAGCCAUCACAUAGCUCAUAUCACGCUUGUGCACGCAACUCAUCGGAUGAUUCUAAAGCAGAGGUUUUUCAUUAACAUCGUUCAAGUUUUUACGUUUAUUUUUCCUUUUGCUAUACUCACAUACAUAUACAUGCAUUCGCAAAACACUUUUGCCUUUAUUCUCAUACUUAUGUCUUUAACUUAGGCAUUGUUGUCUGUCAUACUUUUAUUUUUAACUUAUUGUCGCUUUUGUUUUCAAUUUGAAUGAAUGUAUCCAUUCGCACUUGUGUCGCCUUUUACUGUCGUAAGUGUCGUAAGUCGUAAGUCCUUUAUUUCCGUGACUUCACCUGUUAGUGGUGAAUUUCUCUGUUAGUGAAUAGUGGUCAUCACAAAUAAACAAUUGAGACUGUGUGAAGUGUAGGUACAUAGGUCCUACACGUCUGCCCAUGAGCGAUCGCAUGGACCAAAUAUAUGCAUAACGGCAUGA